AUGAAUCAAAAUAUAACUAGUGGAUCCCUAAGGAGUACUGUGAACACAGGGGCUUUCGACAAUCUUGCUGAACUCUCAUUGAUCGCUCAUGCGGAAAAUGUCUGGUUUCAUGUUGAUGGCGCUUUCGGUAGCUUAAUUAUCCUGGACUCUGAACGUCGUCAUCUUGUUAAUGGCAUUCAAGGAGCUGAUUCGCUUGCCUUUGAUUGUCAUAAAUGGUUGCAUUGCCCAACGGAUGUUGGUUGUGUACUUAUCCGUGACAAAGCUUUACUUCAAUCGACCUUCUCUAUGCGUCAGUCCUAUUUACCCACAGCACAGCAAAAAAGCACAAUGGGUGAUGUCUUUUGGGAUUUUGGUCCUGAGCUCUCGCGUUCAUUUCGGGCACUAAAAGUUUGGUUUACAUUUAAAGAACAUGGAGCUAUAAAGCUGGGUAGAAAGAUGGCUGAUAAUUGUAAGCAGGCUCAAUAUUUGGUUUCAUUACUUGAAAAAUACGGAGACAUCAUUCACAUUGUGCGUCCUAUCUCAUUGAAUAUUGUCAACUUCCGCUUUGAACCUGACGAACUAAACAAAUCAGACACUGAACUGUUAGAUUGUUUCAACAGUGAACUUCUUGAGGAUAUAAAAAGAUCCGGAAUUGCUCUUUUAUCCUCAACCUAUAUCUAUAAUCGAUUUUAUAUUCGUGUGGCUAUUCUUAGUCAUCGAGUGAAUAACGAAGACUUUGAUAUUUUCGUAGAAACCAUGUUAAAUCUAUAUCGGUCUCGUACACAAAUGUUCAUCACUGGCUGCUAA